AUGAAAAGAAAACGAACAGUCUCCGCCUCUCCCCGAAACACGCCGACAAAACCUUCCUCUACCCCCACGGCACCGGCCCUGUCCUCCAUCUCCCUCAACCUCCCAGCAGAAACGGCCCCGUCAAAUACACCCAUCCGUCCACUCCCCCUGCCCGAGACCCCGGGCAAGCAGCGACGAACCACCCUCCUUCACCCCGAACAGCUCAACGGCGCCGAACCAGGCACGGGUACAGAAAGCGUGCACUCCCCGUCCCCCCAGAAAAGGCUUCGCACCGCAAUGACGCGUGACGGGAAUGGCACCGGUGUCCGGUUCGCGGAGAGUGUGGUUUCACCCGGGGAUGCAAUUGGAGGGCCGGUCACAAAUGCUGACCGAUCAGCGCGAAGAAAGAGCGUUCGUAGGAUCGUUUCCAAGGCCAUCGGUGGCGGUGAGGACAGUGACGACGAGGACGAGGAGGACUUGCUCGCGCGCAAGAUCUUUGGGGAUGACGAUAGCGACGACAUAGACGGGGGGCUGCUCGCCGACGAGGAAGCCAUCGGUGCUCAGAAGAAACGUGGUGGGAGGAACACAACGACGGGGUCGAGGAAGAAGAAGAAGCAGCUCGUGGAAGAGGAGAUAACCGCACCCAUAGAUGGCCCCGAUUCCUACUUUUUCCAGAAUCGAAAAGCGAGACUUGUUACGUCGAAUAGCACCCUCGCAUCCCUCCCCGUGCUAGAUCACAGCUCUUACUUCCGGCUCAUUCGCGAGCAUGGGCCCGACCAUGUGGAAGAGAGGGCGUACCUGGAAGGCCUACACAGGCAGAACUUCCCGCAGUGGGAAUUCGAGCUAAGUCAGGGCUUCAACCUCUUGCUGUACGGUUACGGCUCGAAGCGGAAUCUGCUGAUGCAAUUCGCAAAGCGCAUCUACCGCUCGCCUCGCAGCCUUGUGGUGAUAAACGGCUACGUCCCCACGCUGACCAUAAAAGACGUGCUCACAACCGUCGCGAAAGCCGCAAUCGGCCCAGACCACACUAUACGCUUAGGCUCCAACCCAAACGACAUCUUAGACACCAUCCUCUCGAUCCUCGACACCCGCACUGCAGAAGACGAAGAGACUGAAGAGGAGGUGGAAGAAUACGCGGCCAUACCCCACCUAACCAUCCUCAUCCACAACCUCGAUGGCGAACCCCUCCGCACAACCCGCGCUCAGGUCCUCCUCUCGCGCUUAAGCUCCCAUCCAAAAAUCUCCCUCGUCGCCUCGAUAGACCACAUCCGCGCCCCGCUGCUCUGGGAUGCUGCCAGAGUCUCGCAGUUCAAUUUUCUCUGGCACGACGCAACCACUUUCGCCCCGUACUCGGUCGAGUCCUCGAUCGACGACUCGCUAGCGCUCAUCAGCGGAACUGGGCGUGCCGGCGGCACGAAGGGUGUUAAGUUCGUCCUCGCAUCACUGCCUAUGAACGCAAAGUCUUUAUACCGCGUGCUUGUAAGUCACCAAUUACAAGGGAUCGAAGACGGAGCGAUCGGAGCCGCGGGCGAGGAGGAGGUCGGCGUGGAGUAUAAAGUGCUCUAUCAGAAGGCUGUGGAGGAGUUUAUCUGUAGUAAUGAUAUGGCGUUUCGGACAUUAUUGAAGGAGUAUGCUCCCCCCAACACACCCGCACCCUCUUUUUUCACUACGCUCUUGGGGAUAUGGCGGUGGGCUAAUUCCGGGCAGAUUCCAAGAUCACCAAAUGGUAUCUUUGAAAAAAGAUGCUCAAGGCACUGACGUACUCUGGGCACCCUUCAAGAAGGAGGAGCUGGAGGCUAUAUUGGAAGAUUUGGUGGCUUAGGCUUGUUCUCCCCACAUACCAACAAACAAAAGGUUCCGGACGCAUGGGUUUACUAGGACUAUCUCUUCUUGCCUAUUAUUUCCUUUCCCCCCGCUUCUCUUCCAUCUUCCUCACAGUUGUAUCCUUUAUGAUUUUGUUUCCCGGAUGAAGGAGGAUCGGGAUAUGAUACCGGCGGCGGUGCACAUUCCAUCAAUCAUGUAUAAAGGUUUGUGGUUCAGCUGGCUUGCAUGUUCUGUUUUUUUCUCCCCAUCCCCCCCCCUUCAAUAGACGUAAUCCCGUAUGAGAAUGGGUUAUUUUUUUUUUUCAGAAGUAAUAGUUAGGAGUUAGCCGGUGCAUGAAUUAUCACUCGGUUAUGUAGA